CACCGGCAGCAGAGCGCAGCCGACUCUCGGCGCGCCCCGGCUCUGCUCUCUCUUUACCAGCUCGUCCCUUCGCUGAUAGGUUGAGAAGUAGGUCUUGUGUGGGCAGCCAAUGACAAGGCGAAUCGAAUUCUGACCAAUCAGACGCGACUACUGGGGAGUGAUGACAUAUUUUGUGUUCUGACCAAUGAGAAUACGCAGGGCCGAUGCUGCUCAUUUGCAUAUUGGAGCUAUAAAUACGUGGCACGCAGCCGCUUUCCUCACUUCGCUCCUCGGUUUGUCGGAGAGCGGCUGCUUGCUGUUUCGGAGAUAAGCAGUUGUCGCCAUGCCUGAGCCGGCCAAGUCCGCCCCCGCGCCCAAGAAGGGCUCCAAGAAGGCGGUCACCAAGACCCAAAAGAAAGGGGACAAGAAGCGCAAGAAGAGCCGCAAGGAGAGCUACUCGAUCUACGUGUACAAGGUGCUGAAGCAGGUGCACCCCGACACGGGCAUCUCGUCCAAGGCCAUGGGCAUCAUGAACUCCUUCGUCAACGACAUCUUCGAGCGCAUCGCCGGCGAGGCGUCGCGCCUGGCGCACUACAACAAGCGCUCCACCAUCACGUCGCGGGAGAUCCAGACGGCCGUGCGGCUGCUGCUGCCCGGCGAGCUGGCCAAGCACGCCGUGUCCGAGGGCACCAAGGCUGUCACCAAGUACACCAGCUCCAAGUAGGGCGUCUCGGACCGUCACUUGCAACCCAAAGGCUCUUUUAAGAGCCACCCA